AGAGAUUUUUUUCUUUUAGGAUUCAGUCACACUGAAAACAUUAUUUUGACCAAAAAAUGUAAAUAAACCAUAUUUUUCGUAAUUCCAUUGAAAUUAUAAUGAAGAUCACAGAUCUGAACGUUGACUGUCUUCUGGUGAUUUUCAAGUAUUGCUCUGAGAGCGAGUUGAUGUCCCUAGGCAAGGCUAACCAGUACCUAGGAAGGAUUAUAGAUGCUCACAUUUUUUACCCACUUACGAGGGACCUACUCUUGUGCGGCCAUAGAAAUGAACCUUGUGUGGAAAAAAGAAACAAAACGCGUCUUACUUAUCAUGAGAGACUUCAAGUAUCGCGAAAUUGGCUGAGCGGAACAUACCGCGAACGUCCCUACUAUCACCAUGCGCAUCUGUUCCCAACGAAGUUGUGCCUCGAAAAAGACGCCUUGUACGUCACGCAUGACAGUUAUAUACGCAAAUACCGGCGACCAACUACCGAAGCCCUGCCCCGAUUGUUUGACGAAGAGAUCACCACUCCCACGAGAAGCGACAUAUCGGACUUUGUAAAGAGGCAAGACACACUCUUUGCGGGUCGAGUCUGCGGCGCGUGCUUUUUGUGCGAUGAAAAUGGUAUCACCGAACAGCAAAUGCACCAGCCCAACGAGUAUCUAUACUGCGUCGACUUCAUAAAUGACGUAUAUGUCACCAGCACCGAUACAUGCUGCAAGGUGUGGCAGCGUUCCCAAGAGUUUGGACUGACGCACUUUGAUCUGGCCAUGAAACUGCAGCAUUCAUUUAAGUCUCUGAAAUUGAGUGCUAAUGGUGAAUGGCUCUAUGGGGGUCUCUACACAGACAAAGGUCGGCGUGCAUUACGGGCUAUCCACGUGGACAGUGGCGAGGAGGUUGUUCACAGCUCAAACACCAUUUCCAUAUAUGAUCUUAAAAUAAAGGAUGAACACAUUCUUUUCACGGCAAAUUUCGAUACAACAUUUAGAAUGUUUGACCGACGCGUCGAUCGAGAUGUUGCCAUUUGGGAGGAUCCGUUCGACUCGUCCUUUUACUGCCUUGAGUACGAUGGCCUGUAUGCGGUGCUCUGCGGCACCAAUCGACAUGCCCGCGUCAAUCUCUACGACAUUCGAAUGCCCAAAUACGUGCAGUUGUUCUUUCCCGGCCGUACGCGUCAGCGGAACUGCCAGUCGCCCGUUUACAGUCUAGCCUGUGAUAGCCAAUAUUUGUUUGUGGCCACGGACCACAAUCUGCGGGUGUUCGACUUUAAGGCCAACUGCGGUGUUCGCAGGGACUAUAGCCACAUCUAUGAUUUUAAUGGCUAACAAAGAACCUUGUUUUCAAUUGUCAAUGGCCAAAAAAUGUAUAGCAGAUUACCCGUAGACUUAUGCACUAGAUAUUCACAUCCAAAAAAAUCGGUUAAGCCAUCCUUUUUAGUUCAAAGAAUGCCAGCUAAGUAAAAGCGAAUAAGGCUGUAUAUAUGAUACAAAAUAUAACAUACAGACGGAUCACUACAGAUGUUUAUUAUUCUGAAAAAGGCCGUGUUGCACUUUAACCAUUUACUUAUACAUAUCUUUUAAUUGUUAACGAAGUAGAACAACAUUAACACUGCUGGGGAAAUUUUAAAAAUACCCAUAAUCCAGUAGGAUUUGUAGGAUGUGGAAGAUCCCUGUAGUUGAGGCUUUCAAUGAAGCGACGAAUUUUUUCAGAUCGUGUUUCCCAAAUCUGGUUGAGAUCUCCUUCUAUAGAGCGCAGGGCAUUCACAUACGAUGGGUUCCGAUGGUUUCUGCUGCAUCGACAGGAUUCUAUGUUAUCUCUACUAGUUUAAAUUUGUUGGAUUGAUAUCUAAGCUUGCAGACCAGGUCUUACUAAAAAAGAGGUGGCAAACAAAUAAUGCGAAUAUGUAGAAUAAUGUGAGCCGAAACACGAAAUUAAGAUUAAAAGGUCUCUAUAGUUUCAUCAACAAAGUGUGUAAAUAUUUAAUGGUAAAUUGUUAAAAAAAAACUAUAUUUUUUUAAAACAAAUUUUAUUGACCUGCCGACAAAUUGGAACCACAAAACUUAUUUGCUAAAUUAGAAACUUUAAAACAUCCACUUAAAAAUCAUG